AUGCUAGGAUUUGCUAAGGGAUCACCAGAGAUUCCUUUUCCUCAGCUGCUGAGCAAGCAACGUCGUGAUGGCCCACCUCACUGCAGAGAGACUUUGGGAUCUUUGGAUUAUAUUGUUAGUCCUUCUUUGUUGGAAAUUCUUGUGGCAGAAGAGAAAAUAAACCAUUUGCAGGAGAAUUUACCAGGAGAAAAAGAGGACGAGCAGACAAAGCACAAUGAAGGUGGCCCAAGUAAUGAGAAAACAAAGGAUGAGGAAAAACAAAAGGAAGGCCACCAUUUCUUACAGUUAGUUGACAAAGAGGUUUCUGAAUUACAAGGCCUCAUAUAUAAUGCUGAAUCUGACCUGGAAAACUUUAAACCAGAGAUGAGCGAGGAGGUUCAAGGAAAGAAGAAACGAAUGGACCAUCUGAAUUUGACUCACGAAUUGAAAGUCAAAAAUGAGAUGGAAUGGCAAAUUAACAAAUCGAAUGAAGAAGUAGGAGAUUUUGAUGAGAAAGAUACAGAUAAGAGGGACGAUAAUGAUAAUGAUCAGCUAUCGAUUGAAAAAAGUGUCCAAAUAAAUGAGUUGGCAGAAGAUACAAAAGACUUUCAAGAGGAAAUCAAAGAAAUUGAGACAGAGAAAGACAACAUGAGGGCAGAGAUGAAAAGCCUUUCAGAAGAGAAUGGCAAGUUAAAAUCAGUCUUACUGGAAAACAGAAGGCGGGAAAGCCUACUGGAAGGACAGGUUAAGAGAUUAACCGAGGAGGUUAUGAGACUGAACGAAAUGUCUGAUGAAAAGAAAGAACAGGAGCCUUCUGAUGCCGCUGAACUGCAGCGGAUCAUAAACAAACAAGCUGAUCAAAUCCAACGUUUGAGGAAGAAGGUCCUGGAGAUGGAAGAGGAGAGACGACAGCGUGAGGCCGAUUUCCAGGAAUGGGAAAGAACUGCCCACACGGUCAGGAAGGAGAACUCGGAGCUAAAGGUCAUCUUGAAGGACCUCAGUCGAAAAAAGGGACUUUUUAUAAAGUUUGAAGAAUGUAACAAGGUCCUGGAAGAAGAAGUCAAAGACCUCAAAAGAAAAAUGGACGAGAACAGAAUGGAGAAGGAGAAAGAGAUCAGGUCCUUUUCAGAGGAAAUUCCGAUUCUUAGGAGACAGCUUACCGAAGAAUUGACAGUCUCCAAUCAAAUAAGGAAUGAAAAGGAUGCGAUAGCCCUCCACAUUAAAAAACUAGAAACCGAGAAUGCAGAUUAUAUGAAAGACGUGGCCUAUUUUUUAAGGAAUGGUUUGUGA